UGGGGUGUGGAGCUUUUGCUGGAGAGGCUAUAAAAUAGGAGCCCGUUUCGAAUUUAAGUUUAAACUAGACACACACAGAGUGUACAAAACAGAGUGUGAAAACUCAAGGCAGAAAAGAGUUGAAACGUCUUCCUUUUGUUUUCCUUUGCUACGGGAGUGCACAGCAUGUCCAAUAUGCUCGACAACUUUCUCUCACGGAAUUUGCUGAACCUCGCCCUGGACGAUGCCUUCUCGUCACCAAAGUCUCCAUCAAAAGUCUCUGGACCCAGUCGAUUGAACCGCUCUGUCUCGUUCCUCAUCCCCCCUUCCUCCUCCUCCUCCUCUCCGACCUAUAGCCCCAGCACGGAACAGGUUAACAAUGGCGAUGACAGCACUACCUUCUGGCCUGACAAUAUAUGGAGUCAGGCCUCUCUCACCAAACAGCAACAGCUCCCCUUCAGGCCUGAUCGCUCCAUGAGUCUGACCGAGUCCAGCACCACCCUUCUCUCUUACUGUAGCCAGCUGAAAGACCUUGAUGCCUUCUCCUUGGCUCCUACUACUACUACUCUGGCUCCCCCGCCGGGCUUCCCUCCGUCCUCCUCUCUGGCCACCCAGAUACAGCCCCAGACGCUGCUCCCAUCCAACCGCUAUAAGACUGAACUCUGCCGUGGCUUUCAGGAGAGCGGCAGCUGCAAGUACAGCAACAAGUGCCAGUUUGCCCACGGCGAGGCGGAGCUGCGCGGGCUGCACCGCCACCCCAAGUACAAGACAGAGCCCUGCAGAACCUUCUACAACUUUGGCUAUUGCCCCUACGGGACCCGCUGCCACUUCCUCCAUGAGGAGAAGAGUAGUGGGCCCUUGUCAUCCGCUAAGUUCUCCAACCAGUGCCAGAGUCUCUCCAACGGCGGCCAGAACCCGAGGCACCAGCUCCGCCAGAGUGUCAGCUUCGCCGGUUUCCUGGGCUCGUCCCGGUCCUCUCCUCCGCCCCCCCACUCGCUGUCCUUCACCGAUCCCAACCUGGGAUUCAGCCGCGCUCCUUCCGUUUCUCCUCCCCCGGUCGACCUCCUCUCCCCGGCCCCGGGCGACUCCCUGCAGCGGGAGGCGGCGUUCCCAUUCGGCCACACCCACAGCCGCACCAGCGCCGGGGACGUCCACAACAUUCCUGUGAUUAUGGAGCCCAAGCCUUCCCGCUGCGUGUGCGGGCACGGGGCGCUGAGCGGCGGUGGCGGCCGAGGGGAAGAUGACGCCAAAAGCCAGGAUUCGGGCAGCGUGUUCUCGGGCUCAGGGGGCCACCACGGGGCCUUCCAGAAGCCGGCCGCGCUCCAGCGCUUCUCCUCCGAGGACUCCCUGGAGGACAGCUACAGCAGCAGCAGCGGGGCAUCCAGCGGAAGUGAAUCCCCGUCUUUCGACAGCUCAGCCAACAAGAGGCUCACUGUGUUCGCACGCUUGUCCCUGUCAGACUAGGUUCAACCCGGAUCACAGCAGAUCCAAAGCAGAACUGACAUAUUGGAGAAUAUCUGUGUCUUCUUUUUUUAAUCCAGAACUAAUCUUCCAAAGCGUUGCAGGAUGCAGCAAAUCUUCUCACAGUUCCUGAAUCAUGUUUGUUAGAAGAUAGAACUGAUUUGGAUAAAUGAUAUAGUUUUUGGUACCAAAAUUUCUUGAGAAUCUAUUUUUAUAUAUACAUAUAUCUUUUUUCUAUUGUCUAGCUAAUUGCCUCUUUGUAUGUGGUCUUCCACUCGAAGGCCUGACACCUGAGAAGUGUACUUGGGUGUAGUUUCAUGAAUGAUGCACAAAUCUAGUUUAUAACUGCGGUGAUCAAAAAAGUAAUGUUGUAAAUUCUGUACCUCCAUGAUUCCCCCUGCCUCACAAGGCUGUGUGCCAUGAACAGUAUAUGCACUUUACAGUCAAUUGAAUGGGAGAAACUCAGUAAGUUUGACUCCUGGUAGCACUCAACCAAACCGUAAUUAGGCAUUGCGCCACUGCAUCUGGUCAACCUGUGUGUGUGUGUGUGUGUGUGUGUGUGUGUGUGUGUGUGUGUGUGUGUGUGUGUGUGUGUGUGUGUGUGUGUGUGUGUGUGUGUGUGUGUGUGUGUGUGUGUGUGUGUGUGUGUGGCAAUACUAUCUACUACUCAUACAAUCCUUAACUUGGUAAUGUUCAAACAUGAAAUGUAGAUUGCUGUAGAUCGCUGUCCACAUUCUUUUGGUUAGCAAUGUGAUAACAUCAGAGUCUGUGAAUUAUCUUUGAGCAUUCUGCAAAAUUCUGAAAGUAUCUCAUACUUUCAUACUUUAUCUAUAAAGUAUGAACGUUUCCAUUUGCCUCUCCGGAUUGCCUGACAACCCUGGUUAGUUCUUAGCUCUGAAAGUCUCAGACGCUUCCUUGUCCAUGGACUUACAAAAAAAGCAGUAUUCGUGUUGGUUAUACAGUUGGUUGGCUUAUUCGCUUUGUUUAACUUAAAUUCAUAUAUUUAUUAUAUUUAUUUGUAUUAAAGAAAUAAGUUGUGCUUUGAACUUGAACUUGUAUUUUGUACUAUAUUUAUGGAGAAUUAUCCAGGGUCUGUGAAAGCCAAUGUGACAAUACAUAUGUGGUAAAAAAAAAAGAGAAUCCUUUAUAUUUUUCAUUGCCUAAGAGACAAAUAAAAUAAAAAUAAAUUAAAA